UUUAUUUCGAUUCACAGUGCGGACUAUAUGACGUUGCGGACGUGCAUCGAGGGCGCUCUCCGAGCUUUCCUUUUUGAGAAAGUGCUCGGAGUUUUGGAAACAGAGGAGGAGUGAGAGCCGAGCGGAGCCGAGCCGAGCCGGUCUCUCGGUGCUGGGGGGGCAGCAUCACUUUCCGAAGUUUGUAUCCGUCAUUUCCCGGAGUCUCUCAACCAUUAACUCACCUACUGCUCUGUUUACAUUUCGCUCCCCUUAGGCGCGUUCUCGCUCGAGUUCGGGAGAGACUCGUUCCGGGUGAAUAUAAUGUUACCCAGCCAGGUUGGAUCGGCACCACCUGGAAGCGGGUCAGCAGCACCGGGCAGGGGGGUCCGGCCCGUCCUAGUCCGGGCGGGGGGGGUGGAAGUCGGCAGCGGGAUGCUGGCGGGGUCGCGGGGACCCAGACCGGGCAGCCUGCAGCCCGGCGUCCAUGCACACGUGUUGGGCUUGAACCCGGAGGCGGCUCCGCUCUGCAGCGGCUCCGACAACGACUCGGACUCCGGGGACGAGGACGAGCCGGCGGGCUCGCUGCUGGGGCAGGACGGCCGGAGCAGGGGGGUGAAGCGGGAGAGGGCGGACCUGGACGCCCAGGCGGCCGGGCAGGACGCGGGGGCAGCGCCCGGGGGGUACGGCAUGGUGGCCGGCGGGGUCGCCGGGGCCAAGCCGGGCAAGAAGACCCGGGGGAGGGUCAAGAUAAAGAUGGAGUUUAUUGACAACAAGUUGAGGCGGUACACCACGUUCAGCAAGAGGAAGACGGGCAUCAUGAAGAAGGCCUACGAACUCUCUACACUGACGGGAACGCAGGUUCUGCUGCUCGUGGCCAGUGAAACGGGUCACGUCUACACGUUCGCCACGCGGAAACUCCAGCCCAUGAUCACCAGCGAAACGGGCAAAGCUCUGAUCCAAACGUGCCUCAACUCGCCGGACUCGCCGCCUCGCUCCGACCCCUCCAUGGACCAGCGCAUGAGCGCCACGGGCUUCGAGGAGACGGAUCUCACUUACCAGGUGUCUGAGUCAGAGAGCAUGGGUGACACAAAGGACACGCUGAAGCCCACGUUCACCGUCGCCAGCCUGCCGGGCUCCACCAGCAACGCCCAGUCCACGGUGCCCACCACCUCCACCACCAUGCAGGUGAGCAGCGGGCCCUCGUUCCCCAUCACCAACUACCUGGCCCCCGUCUCGGUCAACAGCAACAUCAGCGCCAACGGGACGGUCCUCAAAACGGCCGGCGGCUCGGCGGGAGUCAUGCAGCUGCCCGGCGGUUUCACUUUCAUGCCCGCAGGCACCCCUCUCCCCCCCGGCACCCCCACCAUUCCUCUGAGCCAGCUGCAGCAGCACUCCCUGGCCCUCCAGGGGCAGCAUGGCCAGGCCCUGGCCGCCGCCCCGCAGCCCCAGCAGGGACAGCAGGCUGUCUUCCGCUUCCCUGCCGCUGUCUCCCUCACAGGAGCAGGAGUCCCCCAGCAGCUCCAGGCCAUCCAGGUCCAUCCUAACACACAGUCCUCGUCCAACAGUGACAGCAGCCCGGAGAUCUCCCACACCUCCACAAACGCCACCACAACAGCAAGUCUCCCAGCAACCAUCGUCACUUCGUCGGUGCCAACGUCUGUGGCGGGUCACAUGAUGUACCCCAGCCCUCACGCCGUCAUGUACGCCUCCACGCCAGCGCUGGCCGACGGAGGGCUGGCGGUGCUCAACGCCUUCUCGCAGGGAACCUCCGCCAUGCAGGUGUCCCACGCACAAGCCCAGGACACAGGUGCCGUCCCUCAGGUGUUCCUCACGGCACCUCCAGGCACAGUGCAGAUCCCCGUCUCAGCGGUGCAGCUACACCCAGUACGGCAAGAUCUGCAUUUUACAAAUGGUGAUUGGGCAGCAGUCGAGCGGCAGCAGCAGUAACCUGACGGAGCUCCAGGUGGUCAACCUGGACGCAGCACAGAACUCAAAGAGUGACUGACAGACGGCCACAGCUGUUUAACACACACACACACACAUCUCUAUUUAUUGAUGCCUUCCUGCAAAGUUCACGUCUUUUUUUUUUUUGUUUUUCCCCCUUUCCUUUUUUUAAGUACAUAUAUACACAAUCAAAGGGCAUCUGUGUGACCCUUAUACAGUAUAAAGUAUGUUUUUGGUAUAUGAAAUAUAUAUAUAUUCGAGAGAAGCAUAGGAGAUGUAUCACUAUAUCAUUGGAGCCUAUUUUCUAUGCGGUUAGAUGGUAUUUUUUUGCGUUUUUUGGAGGGGAUAAAGUUAUAACGACACUCGCACACUGCAAGGUGCCACAGCUUCACACCAGCCAAAGAGACUUUUGCCCGUCUGAAUGUUCCAGUGUGAGCACGAGCGUCUGUGUGUGUGUGUGCACACAUCUGGGGUUUGUAAAUGGGUAACAAGAAGCUUACCGACUUUAAAAUAAGGAAAAACAAACUUAAAAAAAAAAAUGCUAAAUACAUAUGAAAAAUUUGGAAAUGUAAAUAAUUUUUUCAAAAGGAAUAAUGUGUAUUUUUAGCUCAAUUUAGUUUGUGCAGCAACAGCAUGUAGUUGUUUUUUACUUUGUGGUUUUUGUAUGUACAUGAAACUGAUUUGCAUAAGGAAAGUGGAUUAUUUACAUCUAGAUGUAAAUUAAUUUAAUAUACCAUCUUAUAUAUAUUGAUAUACUGUCACACUGUUUGGGAGUUUUCACUGCUAGAUGGAGGAAAAGGAAACGCUGGAUACUUUUGUACUUUUUUUUUUGGUUGUAACAUUUGCAGGAGUUUCAAGUGAAUGAGUUGUUAUGAAGCGUAUCACACACCUGGUUUUAUUUUACUGCUGUAUUUUCUUUCCUUUGGCUGGGAGCUUUGGAGCGCAGCAGCAGAUGGUGGAAUCUAAGGAGUUUUUGUACGCCGUGUUUUCCAGCGAAGCCCCGAUCACUGGCACCUUCAGUCGUUAAAAUUAUAGCAGUGAGACAAAAAUCAUGCCAUUGAUUAUUUCCUCUGUUAAGAGAGUUCUGAUAUCUUUUAAUCUGACGGUUUGCUGAUCGAGACUAAACUUUUUGACGUCACUUUUCACUUCUCGCCAAACAGGUUUUUGUUAAGUGUUAAAUUAACUUCAUCAUUCAGUCAGUUCUUCUGACUUGCUCAUUAUGAUGCUACUGAUGAUGAGACAUGAAACAGUUUAACAAGAGACAGUCAAAGUUGGAGCAUUAUUUUUCUUCCCUUAUGUGGAAGAACUCUUCUCAUUUAUCGCAGGUUAAUCUGUGAACAAGGAUCUCUGAAUUAGGAAAGUGACUUCUUCAGGUGCUUAAACAUGUCCAGAGUCCUUGAAGAACCACAAGGUCCUUACUGACUGCAGUCUGAGUUUGCAUCUCAGCAAUCGGUAAGAAUGAGUUGUUACACUGAGAGCCUCUUUCCUGCACCGUAGUGCCUAUUAUCACUAUCUGUGGCUGAUUUCGAAAGCUCUGCGAGGCCACUGAGCCGUAGGAUCUACUUAUUUCUACUGCAGCUCACAGGGUUUUGGACGGGUCACGCAGUCCUGCGCUGAGCCCAGCGAGAUUUUGACUCAUUUCUGCAGAUUUAUCUGGAUGACUGAACACGGCAGGCUGGAGGCCAAAGAGAAUCUGACAAAAGGAUGAGGUUCCCAUGCCGACCGACGAGGUCACUUUCACGCCGCGUCCUCAGUUUUGUGUCGUCGCGUCAUCCUUGGGGGCCGUUUGCAGAAACGCAUCACAUGUCAAAGGUGUUAAGUUCUCCAUUAUCUGGUUGUUAUUCAGAAAUGUUUAUUUUCAAAGAUUGACUUGCUUCUGUGGUUUUCACCUCAUCGCUGAAAUAAAUGGUCAACUUGUGUAUUUUUGUUGAACUGUACAGACAUUUUGUAAUAAAACAAGAUGAAAUACAAACUUCAGAACAACCACAUCUCCUGUGGAGGAGCAUUUUCUUUUCUCUUUUUUUUAUUGGGACGGAGAAUGUUAAAACCAUUUAGUCUUGAAUGAAUCUAAUAAACGUGUACAACAGCAGUGAUGAGGAAUAAAUGAACUAAUGCCUCU